CGGGUACCACGGGGAUCCCCCGCACACUCGCUGUCUCUCUCUAUCCGGCCAGAUCCCCCCCGAUCUCUAUAUCGAUCGUCUCCUUUCGCGCACUUUGUUUAUCGAUAUAUAUAUAUGUGUGUGUGUGCGUUUCUUGUGUUUUUGAAUCUUCUUUUUCUUUUUUGUAUUUUGCUGAGAAACACCAAAUAAUCGAAUAGAACAAUAAUUAGAGGUACAUACGGGGCGUAUAUAGAAACGCAUAUCGGAACGAUAGAAAGGUAAAACAAAUGCUGGGCACCGUGACAUAAUCAAGCGAGGGAACAAAAACCAACCCAAAAACUUAGAACAUUUAAGUGUUUUAAAAAUAAACCAGUAGCAGAGCGGCAAGAACAAAAUUGUCGAAAGCGAAAAAACAUCAAACAAAACACAGAGUGUUAAAAAAAGUGCGCGACUGAAUUUGUUUAAACAAUACCGCGAUGCAAGAUACCAGAGCCAAACUGUUUUAUUGACCCCCCGCCAACGGUGGCGAGUGUAUAAUUCGGAAUAAUAUCAAGUGGGAUACCAUCCAGCCAGAUGAGAUGAGCAGCUGUGAAACGUCCAAAACGCUGAUAGUGAACUUUGCACUUUUCCAUCGAGUUUGCAAUUAGCGAGGCGAAAGAUACUUUUAAUAGAAAUAGCGGAUGGAUGGAGGAGACUAAUGCACCAUUCACUCAAUCGAAUACACAGAUAGAAAUGAAGACUUUUUAAGAUCAUUUUGGAACUAAGGAAUGAACCUUAUUAUUUUGUAAACUAUGUUUCCAUAUGAAGGGUCAACAAGUGAAUGCAGUUUACUUACCAUAGUGCUUAGAUACUAUAGUGAAUAUUUUUUCUGUGUACUCGGAGAUGAAGGCGAGGAAGACAACGCAGCGGCCAAGCAAAUCAAAACAAAAACUCAAAACUAACAAAUGGAGCACACACGUGUGUGUCCGUUAGUGUGUGUGCCACAUAGAUACAAACUGUAUAUCUAUAUGUGCGCCACAGAUCGGCGGGGAUUAUUCAUCAGGCUGCCACAUCAUCAUCAUGUUGAUCUCCGCCGCUCCGGCGUCUCCUUCUGCUGCCCUCCAUCCUCCACUUUCCGCUUAGCUGGCGUUUUGUAUAAUUUUCGAAAGCUAUUUUCGUAAGGCUUGCAUUUAUAUUUAGUUGCCACAACAAACUUAUAGCGAAAAUCCAAGACACAAACUUGUACAUUAUACAAUUUUGGCCAUAUGAUGAUGCCAACCAAAAUAAAAGUCAACUGGGGUGGAAAACUUUUCCCCUUAAAUUUUCCAACUCGCAUGUGUGCUUUCGGUACAGUGAAAGCUAAGCCAGAGCUCAGCAAAGAUCAGAAAAUUAAUGGAAAACCAAAGCGAAUUAAAAAUCCAAUCAGUCGAAUGUAAUUAACAGAGAUCAGACAUGCAUCUCCCAAAUGAAUGCUGUCAGUUAAAUUUGCAUGGCUGACCGAGGUUUCACUGUACUGGCACUAUCGUCACACGUACUAUGUACUAGGUAUAACGUCGUCCAUUUGUUAAAAAUAAAAACAGAUUUCGAACUGAAUACAGAAUGGCAGGGAAUGAUGCCCAAUGAACCCCACCGAGAUAUCACACAUAGGCCAAAACGAUCUCUCCAGGGAUAUUCACACAUAUUCCUCACAUCGCAAUAGAUCUAGGGCAAGGUGCAGGUCUUUUGGCUAGAAUCGCAAAGGGGUAGGGGGUUUGCUUUUUGAUGAGGCGGCGCCGCGAUCAAUGAGCUCAUUGCUGUUUACGAUUUGUAAUUUGUAUAUGCCUCUGCUCUAUAUACCAAAACAAAUUGGGGGUGCUAUACAUGCUUGUACCCACAUAUAUGUCGGAUGUAUAUGGGCGCCAAAAGGAACAGUCUUUUGUCGAACGGCGACCAUUGAUACAAUUAGUAAGUCAAGUCGUCGGGCAUUUGCCAAAAUGCCAAUGAGACAUUGACAUUGAGCGUGCGAUCGAUUGUUCCGAUCCGAUCUGAUCCGAAUAGAACCAAUACGAACUAAUCCGAUGUUGCGCAGGUUUCCUUUGGGGCCAACAUUGGCAGCCUCGCGAGUCUUGCCCAGCUAGUCGAACCCAACGCAAUUCGAGGGAACCGCCAGUGCAAUAUUAGAUAAUCGAGUACUUUUUCCCCUUGGGAUCCAGAAAGAAAACUGACAAUCAACCGGAGAGAUCACCACACCCAUUGGAAUGUCCAACGAAUUUAGCGAACUGAUCGCCCUUGGGUGUCCAGACCUCGCGGCGCAAAAGCCGCAAGGCGGCAGCACCCAGGUGGAGUUGAUCCUCAACACUGAGCGCCGCCUGAGCAUAAAGCAGAUGACGGCUACCGAUUUGGCCACCCUAAGGGCAACAGCAGCCGCGGAAGCGGAGGCCAGAUCGCGAUCACAGGCGGAGGCGGAAGCUCGGGCAAUUGCCCAGGAACAAUUGCGUCAGGCCCGCGAGGCCGAGUCCAAGGCCAGAGCACGUGCUGCCCUCGAGGUGCAGGCCCAACUGCAGCGAGUGAUGGAGAGCGAGAAGCGCAGGCAACAGGAAGAAAAGGAGCGGCGCAGCAGGCAACAGGCGGAGGCGGAGGAGCAGGAGCAGGAGCAGGAAGUUGAUGAAGACGAGGAAGAGGAGGAAGAGGAACUGGCCAAGGGUUCCCUUCCAACCAAUUCAGGACCAAGAGAACGCAUUGCCUCGCUACCCAGCAACAUAGAUGAUGCCAUGGAGAUGCACCUUCUUAGCGUUUCGCACCCCAAGGCCUCUUCCAAGGAUGAUUCACCGCCUAAGAGCAGCUCUCACAUAGCGGACUCCAUUGAGCUGCUGAGAAUGCAGCGAGCUGCUCGCGAUGCACGAUCCCACAAUCGCAGUCGAGAGCGGUCCAUUUCGCCAGAACGUAACCACGAACGGAGCGCUGCACCAGAUCGCCUCCAGAGUUCCGUUAGCAUGAGCAGUUUGGACUCGGCCAGCGUCAGUGCAUCGGCAUCCAGACAACCCAGCAAGGCAGACAGUCGACGUGGAAGCACUACGAGUGCCACAGGUGUGGAACCACCACUUAUGGCACCACCUUCCCAGUCUACCAAAUUUCCACUCACUAAGACAGUGUCAGCGCCCAAUAUGAACCGCCGGCGGAGCAGUCUGACAUCGCUCUUUCCUGGCCCAUCUCCUUUAGUAGCACCCGAACCAUCUCUGCACACUAAUCCCGAUCCAAGGGUUCAAGAGCAGAUAGAAGAGGAUCGUCGUCGCCGUCGAAUGGACGAUGGUUACCGUGAGAUACCCAGUGGAAAAAUGGUGCAUCGAACGAAGACACCGCCGCCAGUGGGCACAAACCUCGGAGUGAGUCUCAAGCGGGUGACAGCGCCCAGUGGAUCGAUAACCAUCAAGCCCAAGGAGUCGCCCAUGCUGGGAGUCGUCCUGCGUAGAGUGGAGAAGAAAACUGUACCGCAAAAGAGCAUUCUGGAUGACGACAAACCACUGUACCACUUCUCUAUUGUGCGCAGCGACCACAAGGAACACGUGCCUGCUCAAAAACCAAAACCCAAGCCUGCUCCUCCAGCUGCUAAGCCAAGUCCCGGUGGCAUCCUCACUGGACCCCAAGUAAUUCGAACCGCUCCCAAGCAACCUGUGCCCGCCAAGCCACAGCGUCCUAUGCCCGGCGUUCCCAUCACAAUUACCAAGAUUGAAGGCGACAAGAUCAUCAUCAUCAAGAAGAUCAUUGUGCCGAAGAACAGUAAGAUACCGGAGCAGUAUCUGCAGAUGAGUGAAGAUGCCGGCAAGCCAGCAAAUACAGUGCCAUCAGCAGUUUCCUCCUCCGCCGCCCCAUCGCCAAGCCUAAAAACAAAAGAGGAAUCCCAGCCAGCGAUGCAAAAACCUACGCCGCCGCCGGCCAGUGGCCAGCAGUUCUUCCAGGUGGUCUCCCCACAGUUUGCCUCGGUGCUAUCGUCCAGCAUCCCGGAGAGUAAGUGCGCGGUACGUUCUCCGAUAUCCUCGCCAUUAGCAAUCCGGAAGAGUCGUCCGCCUCUGCUGCCGGCGAGUCCAAAGUCCACGCCUCCACUACCGAGGAAACAUCAUCCUCUUGCCUACAAUGCGGCAACGGGAACAAUCAGCAGUGCCUCUGGAGCAGCGUUGCCCUCCCGGCUAAUGACCACAAUUGCCUCUAGUCCGGCUUCUAGUAUUUCGCUGUCCUCCUGUAGUUCUCCUUCAUCAUCUCCACCUCCGCCAGUACCAUGUCGUGCUCCUAAGAACGCCAGUAAAUCCGUUGCUGCUGCUGCUCCACCUCUGUCCACCUCAAACGAAAUCAGUUUGGACAAGUUGCUGCAACAGCAGCAGGAGCUGGAGGAGAAAUCCGCGGCAGCGACAAACAGCGCUAAAAUGGAUGCGAACUUCUACGAUGCCGAGAUCGAGAUGAUGAACAAGUAUCUCAAAAGCCUGCCUGACUACAGCGAACUGGACAGGAAGCUGCACCAGGAGUUCCAGGAGUGCGAAGAUCUCUAUGACAAGAUCAAGCGUCAACAGCAACCGCUGGCAAAGUCUAAUUCGCAGCAGUCGGUGACGAAGGCAGUAGGACCAGGAGUCCCGGCCAUCUCCUCCGGCUUGUCCAAGUCGUCAUCAAUUAACUUUGCCCAGAAUCCCAGCAGUCGUGGAGCUGCACCGCGUUUGGCAUAUCCCUCGAUAUUUUCACAGGCUGGAGGCGAGCCCAAGCUGCAACGCAGCAUUUCAAGUUCUAAUAUGCCUUUAAGUGCGCCUACUCCAAUGCGUCCGCUGCCCACCAAGAAUGGCCUACAAAGUGGCUCCAAUCUGUCCCUUAACAAACAGUUGAUGAACGAAUUCUGGAGCGAGAAUCUGACCAGUUCGCAAAAGAGGCAAACGCCUAAGCGAACCUUUUGGAACUACGAGAAGAUCUGCGGUGCCCAGUUGGGCGAUGCAGGGCAACCCUUUAAGGUGGACGCUAAGACUGCCAAGAAAUUGGCUAUUUUUGAUCCCACAGUUGCCGAGGCCGCCCAAAAGGAACUGCAGAGACCUCAGCAGUCACAGGUUCCACAAAACCAUCCCCACAAAUUACAAAAGAAUGCGUCGUUGUCGCACCUGGAUCUAAAGGUGCGUCAGGCGGUCACCAAGGACGAUCUCUACAAACUGAUCUGCAACGAGCAGUCGCCGCUGGCUGGAUCGAAUUUUGUGAGUAGAGUACCGGUGAAGCAGCAAACCUCAGCACAGCAGCAGCAGGUGCUUCCAAAGAGCAUGUCCAUGACGCAUGUGCCGGGUGGUGGUCAACCCAUGGGAGCUCCAUUGCUGCGAACUUCUAGUCGCACUCAUAUACCCUGCUAUAUGAAGAAUCUACCCUCAUUGAGCAGGAGCACAUCGAACUCUGCAAUACUCAUGACCCAACCGCGCAAGGAACCUCCACCAAAGGAACCACUGAAAGCUCCAGCACCACUUCCUGCCUUAGCUGCUGCUCCACCGGCUGUAAGCAAACCGAGUGGUGUCUUGAAAAGCUCCAGCAGUUCCUGUGUCCCUUCACCCCGUUGUGCCGCUGCCUUCUUUCGCCGACCCCAGGAAUCUAACAAUGCUCAGCAGCAACAUCAUCAGCCACUGCAAAAGCCGCAACAAGUGGCGCCCAUCGAGGAAUCCGGACCGGGGGAUUCCGCGUCUCUCGAACGCAAGUCAGAGAAGAGCAACAGCACGAUAAGCACAAGCAGCUUUACGGUGACCAACUGUUGCACCACCCACCUGCCGCAGCUCUCCAAGUUCACCUCAUCGUUCCAUAUUGCCCCCACCACAGCAACAACCACAGCCGCAACAGCCACACCGACCCCAACAGUAGCAGCAACAACAAGCGAUCAGCACCACCAGCAGCAGCAACAAAGUGGCCCAGCAGCUGCGAUGGCAUCUGCCAACUUGGAGGUGCCAACAUCGUCAUCGUCGUCAGCGGCCACAAAGCGCCAGAAAGAUGUUGACAACAAGCUAGAAAAAUGCUUGAACGACAUGCUAAAGUUGAAGACCAACAGCAGCAGCAACAGCAACAGCACUACUAACAGCAAUAAUAAUGCAAUCAUGUCGCAGUCGCUGACGGGCGAGCACAAAGACCCGAAGUCUGCACUCGAAGGCCCCACGAACAGCAGCAGCAGCAAGUACGUAGGUGAAUCUCAGAUCCCCGUGCCAGUUCAGCUCUACGAUCCGCAGAAGCCGUUGCUGCAACAACAGCAGCAGCAACAAAGGAUCUGCUAUCCCAUAGGCAAAUCUAACUCUACCUCUCAGCUGCCCAUGGGCGGCUACCAGAGAUUGCUGCAACAGCAGCAGCAGCAGCAGCAACAUCACCAACAGCAACAGCAGCAACAUCAGGAACAGCAGCAGUAUCCGCAGCACAAGCGACCCUUCCUCAACUGGAAUAGCUUUGCAUGUUCCGCCAUGAACGGAGCGAGUGAUCCCUUCAUGCAGCAGCAACACAUGCCUGCCCACCAGCAACAGCAACAUCUGCCACACAAGCUGCAGCAGUCCUACUCCUCUUCGCAUUUGCCCAAGCAGGCGCCCAAAUCUGGACUUGCCAUGUUUCUGCAGAAGAACACCAACAAGGAGAACAAGUUUGGCCAGCCGAUGCAGCAGCAGCCACUCGGCAUGAUGCCCCAGAUGUACGGCUACCAGGCGCCCCAGCAGCAAUCCAAGAUGGGCUAUCCCCGCACCGGUGCCCCACUGACGCACUCGGCCUCCUUCAGCUCCGCCCAAAGGCCGACGGCCCUGCAGUUUCACCAGCAACAUCAGCAGCAGCAGCUGCAGCAGCAGCAGCAACACCCCCAGCAGCAACAACAGCAGCAUUCCAGCUUUGGGCUGGGCAUGAUGAGUAGGAAUUACUAUAAUGUGCCCAAGCAGCCAGAGCGCAAGCCGCUCCAGACCUUCGAUCCGUAUGCCUAUCCCAAGCCAAAUCAGAUGCAGCCGGUCAAGUACCAGCAGCAGCAGCAGCAACAACAUCAGCAGCAGCAACCGCAUCCGCAUACGCAGUUUCUGAAUGCUUCCGCUGGAGGAGGAGGUGGCGGUGCCGCUGGGCUUCAAUACGAUCCAAAUACAAAUACGCAAUUGUUUUACGCGUCGCCGGCGUCAUCGUCAUCGACCAAGCAACCACAUCAACCGCAACAGCAACAGCAGCAGCAGUCGCAGCUACAACAAAGCAAUUCUGUCAUAUUCAAUCACUCGGGCCAGCAACACCAACCACACCAACAGCAGCAGAAUGAAAUGUCCAAGUCCGCGUUGGGACUGCACUUCAUCGAGACAGCAAAGCCCGUCAUUCAAGAUGAUGCUGAUGGUCACUUAAUUUACCACACCGGAGACAUUCUCCAUCACAGAUAUAAGAUCAUGGCCACACUGGGCGAAGGAACUUUUGGACGUGUGGUCAAGGUCAAAGAUAUGGAGCGUGAUUACUGCAUGGCCUUAAAGAUUAUUAAGAACGUGGAAAAGUACCGCGAAGCUGCCAAGCUGGAGAUAAAUGCUUUGGAAAAGAUUGCCCAAAAGGAUCCGCAUUGCGAUCAUUUGUGCGUGAAAAUGAUUGACUGGUUUGAUUAUCAUGGACACAUGUGUAUAGUUUUUGAAAUGUUGGGGCUCAGUGUUUUCGAUUUUUUGCGAGAGAACAACUACGAGCCAUACCCGCUGGACCAAGUGCGCCACAUGGCCUAUCAACUAUGCUAUUCUGUGAAAUUUCUACAUGACAAUCGUUUAACGCACACCGAUCUCAAGCCGGAGAAUAUACUCUUCGUCGACUCGGAUUAUACUUCUCACUAUAAUCAUAAGAUUAACCGGGAGGUGCGCCGCGUCAAGAACACGGACGUUCGCCUGAUCGACUUUGGGUCGGCCACCUUCGACCAUGAGCACCACAGCACAAUUGUCUCGACGCGACAUUACCGCGCGCCAGAGGUCAUACUGGAGCUGGGGUGGUCACAGCCGUGUGACGUUUGGUCCAUUGGGUGCAUCUUGUUCGAACUGUAUCUGGGAAUCACGCUCUUCCAAACGCACGACAAUCGCGAGCACCUGGCCAUGAUGGAGCGAAUCUUGGGACAAAUACCAUAUCGCAUGGCACGCAAUCAUACUCUUUAUAGCAAAACCAAAACAAAGUACUUCUAUCAUGGUAAGUUGGAUUGGGAUGAGAAGUCCAGUGCGGGUCGCUACGUCCGUGAUCACUGCAAGCCGUUGUUCCUGUGCCAGCUGAGCGACAGCGAGGACCACUGUGAGCUCUUCAGUCUGAUCAAGAAGAUGCUGGAGUAUGAGCCCUCGUCACGCAUUACGUUAGGCGAAGCCCUGCAUCAUCCUUUUUUCGACAGGCUGCCACCGCACCAUCGAGUGGGUGAGGUCAGCAAUAAGCAGCCCCUUUCGUCGGGCAGCAGCAGCCGCGAAAGGUCGCACAGCCUCUCCAGAUGAGAAUUACAGCGAUUUGGUUAUUGUUGACAGACAGCGCUAAUUAAGCACUCACUCAUGCAAACAUACACUCAAGGCAGUCGUCCAGCAACGUCUUGCACCCGCCUCGUAGAGUAGACCAGCGACUUUACGACGAACCCUAUUUUAAGUGCUAAAGUCUUUUAUUCUAAAUUUUUUGAACUUGACUUGUAUAGAUGUUUAUUAUACAAAAAUCCAUUGAUCCUUAUUGAUCCAUUGUUUCCAAAUAUUUCGUGCACAUGUUGCUGUGCAUUAUAUUUAGAGCUGUGUAGCGCCAUGUUGCGCUUGUGCAUUGUACCAUACCCGCCAAGUGUUUUGUUCUGUAAUGAUAACCAAAUCGUGUAUAAUAUUAAUAGUGCGGUGCGUCUUCCCGACACCAGAACCUAAUUGUAAAUGUCUUGCAUUGUGCACACCCCUAGGUGGAGGAGACUAAUUGAACCGACUGCAAACCGAUUAUUGGAAUAUACAAAUGUAGUUGUAAAAUAAGAAAGUCGCUUAAGCGCUAGUUGAAAUGCAUCCCCAUAUGUACACCUGUCACUGAAACGGGAGCCGACUAAUUUGUAAUUAAUGCACUAUUUCGAGAGCGUGAACUGUAAGCUAAUGCAAGCCAUUAUGUACACCGCCUGCGAAUGUACGGACACUUGUAAAUGUAAAAGAGCAAUUGUUAUGCCACCCUGUGUACACUUCAGCAAUCGCAGCGCAUUUUGCGUAUCCCCAGAGUCAUCUCUCACUUAGAAUACGUUUUUCAAAUGUGUAGAACUGUCGCCGGCCUGUUUUGUUCGUUUUCGUUUACAACCGAAUAUCGAAAGAUCAACCCAUUUACACAUUGCUACACACACACAUCGGAUGAGCCCUAGAGUAUAUUUGAAUAUACUAUACAUACUUAAUUCAAAUGAUUGUGAGUUAGUUUAAUAUUACAUAAAUAUUAAUUAUAAAUUACAUUAUUUGCAAUUUAACCCAAUCAACCAGCUAUAAGAUAAAAGAAAACAAUAUUGUCAAGUUAUUAAAAAUUGAAAUAAAUCUUAAAU